AUGAACAUCACCUCGACCCAGCCAUUGGAGCCCGAUUUAGCAGAAUGGUACUGGUCCACACCAGGUUCACAACGUCGCAUUGGAUUCAGAGAAUGUGCAAGUCUCGCUUUCAGGCUCCGCAAAUUCCCCUGCGAACUGAAAAAGGUAUACGAGAAGGAGAACGAUCACUAUGAACCAGCCGACGUCCUAGAGAUAUACAACCAGAUCCAGAAGCUCGAGCACGCGCUUCAUGCCUACUGCAGGGGCACGAGUCGGGAUGAUCUCCUCGAGGAUGCACGCGUCGCGCUGAUGGAAGGCGACAUCAAAGCCGCGUUGGUAAAGACCUCAAAUCUGCAGGAAAAGCACUACGAGGCAACGACAGCCCUCAGAAGCAAGGUUCAAGAGAUCAAAGAGAUCAGAGCACAGCUUGUGCAGACAGAAGGUGCCCCUGGUGAUCCUAUCCCCGAGGUCGAAGUAAAGAAGGAGAGGAGUGAGGUCCGCGAAGAAGCUUCGCGGCCUCGCCCGGGCACUGGGCCUGCAGAAGGCGCCGCGAUGAAGGUAUUGGCUGAGCAUCAUAUGUCUGACGAAGCGGUCCGAGCAUUGAUUCAAGCCGGGGCUGACAAGAUCCGAUCCGUGAUCCAAGUCGACCUUGACAAGCUCCAAGCCGAGACUGACAAGAGAGUCCAGUCGGAUGCGCGUCUUCAGGAACAAGUACGAGAGCUUCGCCGUAGUCUAGAUGCUGGAUCACACGAGAACCUGUCAUCAUGCCCAGCCGGUCCCAGCGUCAAGCCCUGA